CCCCUCCCCGGGGCGGCGCGCGGGACAGCUCGGGAGGAGCAGCGCCCGGAACUCGCGUGUCGUUUCCGCCGCGCUGUCGUGGCGGGGCCGGGGCUCGUGCACGGAGGCCGACCCGCGGGAGGACGCAGGAGGGCGGGAGUGGCGCUCCUCGGGCUUCAUGGAGUGCCUUUGACCCGGAGACUUGUCGCCCCCUAAUGCAAAGCUGAUCGGAGCCGGGCCGGCGCCCCGCUCCGUCCGCCGCACGGAGGGGUUGCGGGGGACCCGCCGGAGCCGCGGCCCGAGCGCGCAGCUCCGUGCGCGGCGGGACGGAGAGGCCGGCUUGGCUGUGCUGGGCUCCGGGGUCACCGCGGCCCGGGCCGGGGGCGCAGCGGGAGCGCGCGGGAGGCGGCGGGCGCGGGAGCUGGCGGCCGAGGCGCGGGGUCGGAUCUCGAGCUAGCCUCCCCGGCCCGCUGGGCGGUUCCGCUUCCAUGGUGACGGGCGGAGCGCCGGGGCUGCGGUCUGCAGGGGCGCUCCGGGCGAGGUCGGCGGCCUGGGAGGGCUCGGGGGGAUCGGUGCUCAUGUCCGGCAGGGAGGAGAGGAGAGGUGAACCUCGGCUCAGCGAGCGUUUCCCCAGCUUGCCUGGUCUCCGAGCUCUCCAGGGAAGUGGAAAAAAAAAGGCAAAUUCCUGGGCCUCCCGCUAGACCCCUUGGACGAGGACCCAGGGCCCUAGAAGAUCUCAGUCCCAAGCCCCUCCCCAGGGGAUGCUGUGGUCGAAGGUCAGCCCUUGGGAUCAGCCAAGGGCAGCAAACCCGAUUCGGUCAGUGUUGGAGAAGGUCUCCUUAUCACCUGGGUAGCUGGGGGCCACUUGCCUCUGCUCCCUUCAUCCCCAUCACCUUUGUAUCAGAACGCGGGGGUUUUGGUGUUAGCGUGUGUGGUUCAAACUGCCGCUCCUCUUCAAUCAAAAUGUAGGGAGAAGACAAAAUCAAUUUUGAAAAAGCAUCUUAGCUGAUUACGUUUAAUACAGUGUCUCCCCCGCCCCCGAGCUCAGUCUCGUCACUCCCUCCCUUUUAUAAUCGAGCAACGGACCUCAAGGGGUUACAUAAUCUGCCCUGUCACAACUUGUCAGAGACUGAACCCGUACAACGCUCUAUUUUUGUGCUUUAGCAUCAGUUAAUACUGAUAAUUAUUGUAGGAAAAAGGUAAGUUUCUAAGCAGUGAUUCUGUGUAGUGAGGGAGAGCGUACUAGUAGCGUUCUGAAGCCAUCCACUCCCGAACCUUCACAGAGCAGUGUUGCCAGGUCAGCCAGACUUUUAGUGCCACCUGGAGGCCAACUUUGGGCGGGACAGAUUCCUACUAAGAACUCCACCUUUAUAUGAUUUGUGGACUCAAGUUUACUUGAAAAGAAAAAAAAAAAAAUUAAGUAGACUAUGUCUUUUCAGAUAUGCUCAGCAAAGACACUUACGAGCAGGAAGCUAGAACCAGAAAUUAAGUAUUUGGAUAUGAAGUAAAAGCCUAAUAUGCGAGCAGUACAGUUACUUGGGCACUAUUGAAACGUGACUUUGUUUGGUUUAUUUCCUCACCAAGACAUUGUAGACAGGAAGAGGGAAUUGUCUGUUGUAUGUAAUGCUCCUUGAGGCUGCCCUGGUAUUUCUUUUUUUUUUUUUAAUAUUUCUUUGCUUAUUUGGUUGCGCAGGGCGAGUUGCGGCAGGCGGACUCCUUAGUUGUGGCAUGCAAACUCUUAGUUGCAGCAUGCAUGUGGGAUCUAGUUCCCUGACCAGGGAUCGAACCCUGGGCCCCCUGCAUUGGGAGCGCGGAGUCUUAACCACUGCACCACGAGGGAAGUCCCUGCCCUGGUAUUUACUUAGGGAAAAAAAGGCACUUGGAGCUGAAGAUGGACCAGGCUUUGCUGCUCAUCCAUAAUGAACUGCCUGGGACAAAUCUGACCAUCUACUGGAAUUUCGAUCGCUGUUAUCAUUGCCUGCUCCAAGUCCUGGUUGACGUCUCCCAGAGCAGGAAACCCGGGGAGCCCAGCAUUGAGGCUGUGGCUGUGAGCACCCAGCACGGAUCCAUCCUGCAGCUUAAUGACACUGCGGAGGAGAAGCAAGUUUGUAGGCUGGAAUACAAAUUUGGGGAAUUUGGAAACUAUUCUCUCUUGGUAAAGCACACCCACGAUGGAGUCAAUGAAAUUGCGUGUGACCUGGUCGUUAAUGAGAAGCCAGUUGACAGUAACCUUCCCGUGAGUAUCGCAUUCCUUGUCGGCCUGGUGCUCAUCAUUGUGGUGUCCUUUCUAAGGUUCGCGCUGAGCUUGGAAGACUUUCGUGAUUGGAUUUCUAAAGCCAUAAAUUCUCAGGAAACGGACGGCCUCAUCAAUUCUGAGCUGGGGUCUCCGAGCAGGGCGGGCGACCCCCCACCAGAGACCUGGCGUCAGUCGGCGGCCCCCCUGCGCCUCCGCUGCGUGGACACGUUCCGCGGGAUCGCUCUCACCCUCAUGGUCUUUGUGAACUACGGAGGUGGGAGGUACUGGUACUUCAAGCACGCGAGUUGGAACGGACUGACGGUGGCUGACCUCGUGUUCCCGUGGUUUGUGUUUAUUAUGGGAUCUUCGAUCUUUCUGUCAAUGACUUCCGUUCUGCAGCGGGGAUGUUCAAAAUUCAGAUUGCUGGGGAAAAUUGCGUGGAGGAGUUUCCUGUUAAUCUGUAUAGGAAUUGUCAUUGUGAACCCCAAUUAUUGCCUUGGUCCACUGUCCUGGGAGAAGGUGCGGAUCCCCGGCGUGCUCCAGCGGCUCGGGGGCACCUACUUUGUGGUCGCCGUGUUGGAGCUGCUCUUUGCCAAGCCCGUGCCUGAGAUCUGCACCUCGGAGAGAAGCUGCUUUUCUCUGCUGGACAUCACAUCCAGCUGGCCCCAGUGGCUCUUCAUCCUGAUGCUGGAAGGUGUUUGGCUGGCCUUGACCUUCUUCUUACCUGUUCCCGGAUGCCCUACCGGCUAUCUGGGCCCCGGGGGCCUCGGAGAUUGGGGCAAGUAUCCGAACUGCACGGGAGGCGCUGCCGGCUACAUUGACCGCCUGCUCCUAGGAGACCAUCACCUUUACCAGCAUCCUUCCUCGGCUGUGCUUUAUCACACCGAGGUGGCCUACGACCCAGAAGGCAUCCUGGGGACCAUCAACUCCGUCGUGAUGGCAUUUUUAGGAGUUCAGGCAGGGAAAAUACUCCUGUAUUACAAGGAUCAGACUAAAGGCAUCCUGAUCAGAUUCGCUACCUGGGGUUGUUUCCUUGCCUUUAUUUCUGUUGCUUUGACAAAGGCUUCCGAAAAUGAAGGCUUUAUUCCAGUAAACAAAAACCUCUGGUCCAUCUCCUAUGUCACCACGCUGAGCUCCUUCUCCUUCUUCAUCUUGCUGGUCCUGUACCCCGUUGUGGACGUGAAGGGGCUGUGGACGGGAACCCCGUUCUUCUACCCUGGAAUGAACUCGAUCUUGGUGUACGUGGGCCACGAGGUCUUCGCCAACUACUUCCCCUUCCAGUGGAGGCUGGGGGACAACCAGUCACACAGGGAGCAUCUCGUUCAGAACAUAGUUGCCACUGCACUCUGGGUGCUCAUCGCUUACGUUCUCUAUAAGAAGAAGGUGUUUUGGAAAAUCUGAGGCCCCAGCUGAGAUGUGUUGCUAGCAGACAACAGGGCCUGGGGCAUCAUUAAAAGGAGCCAUUCGUUAUAAAACUGCAUAUUUCCAGGUUAUUGGGGGCGAUGCGGACGUGCUCAGGCUGGUUGAUUAUCGGACGUGGCUCAUCUGACUCUGUAUACGUGAGACUCAGACGUCUGAAACGUGAUUGUCUUUUCUCUCCAUCUUCUGUAGAAAUGGAUGCCUUUGCAACUUCAUUCUAAGGAUUUCUCCUCUAAUUUUUCACAAGGGAGUUAACCAGGCCAUUUUGCUUCUGUGACCACCUACGGUCUGACCUUAUGAUCUUUCCUGCAGACUGCCUUUCUGUGCUGGUCCACGCCGACCAAGAUACCACCGUUUCUGUUGUGUCUGACUGUGAAGCUUAUUGGGUAUAGUGUGUGGUAACAUAGUCUAACAUAUUUCGGUUACGUACAGUUUAGUAUUUCAAGAAAUUCCAAGUAAUCUCCUUUCAGAUCUGUAAGUAACUGGUGGGUCCAAAAAAAUGCCUUUCUAUCAGAAGCCAUUUUCUCCUUUUCCUCAUUUGAAAAACAAGUGAAACAGUAGGUGUGUUAUUCCCAGCCACCCUUGCAUAUACCUAUCUCUCUACCCACCCACCUCCUGCCUGCCUGUCUGUCUUUCUGUCUGUGUGUCUGGGUGGUAGCUGGUCCCCCAGGCCAUCCUCUGACUCUAGGAAGAGAGAGAAGCUCAUGGUCUCGGCCGGGCUCCUGCUGUGGCGUCUUUGCCGGGUCAGACGCGAGGCAGGUCCCCUCACAACGAGGGACACGGUGCUGCCCGCUCAGCUCCCCUCCAGCUCUGAGACCCAGUGGGGUGGGAGACAUCAGUGGCAUUUCUGAAAUCCUUAGAAAAAUAAUUUUGUUACAGAAAACUCUUCAAAAUAAAUGAGAAGUUUAAAAAACUCUCAUCAGAGUAACUCUUUUCAGAAUGACCCUCCACAGUGGAGGCAGCUUUCCUGCUUGGAAUCACCAAACUGCAGAAUUGUUUCUCAGGAGUGAAGGAGGAGAACACAGGGGACCAGCACCCCCGUUUUGCAGCAUCCUACUUAGGGAUUUCCUGUGAGAAUUCCAAACUGAAGGAAGAUGUGGCUAUAGGUAUACUUUGGAGCAUCCUUGCAUGGUGAGACGGGGUCACUUCGACCUGUCCCCUGAUGUCAGCUAUCACCCUGCUUGGAUAGUGAGUUUCCAGCUACCCCGUCUCUACCCGAACUCUCAUCCCAACUUGUACCCGUCCACCUGGGUGUCCGCCAGCAUUCAGGCUUCCCCCUCCACCCUCUGUUCUCAAACACAAGCCUUUCCGGCUUGGAUUGUCCCAGCUCUGCAGACAGGUGACCCUCUGUCUCUCGGAUAAAACUGUCUUUCACCCGCUUUACCUCCUCUGUCCCCCUUUCCCAUGUUUAGUCAUUGCCAAGUCGUCUCAGUUCUCACGGUCACUGCCUGUUACUCUUGCCCAGAUGCCAAGAGGAAUCAUUUUUCAACCGGCCUCCUUCCCUCAGUCCCUCCUUCUGUAAAGCCACUGUCCACUGCCCCAGAUUACACUUCAUAAACAGAGCUGACUCACAUCACCUCCUUAUAAGCACUUACACUGAAGUUCGAACAGCUUUGCUGGCAGGUAGAGCCGUCCUCCGUUGAGCCCAGCACACCUUCUCGGCUGUGUCCAGCGCCCUGGACCCAGCCUGCUACUUGCAGCCCCAUCAGCUGCCUCCUGCCCCUGAGUUUGAUUAGUCUCCUUAAUGUUCUCCCAUCGACCCUUGACCUAUCACAUUUGCCCCCUGCUUCUAAGGCACCUUCUCUAAUCUCUUAGUCUUGUCCCUAAGUAAUAUUUUCUUGCUCUGAGUUCUCGUAAUAUCUGAUUGGGCUCAAUCUUGUGGCACUUGUUGCUCUCUGCCUUGCAUGACAGUGAUUUGGGUACAUGACCAGUUUCCCACGCUGGCCUGUGAGCUUGUGGCGGAUAAGGCACAUUCUUCACGCAUGCCACAGUGGCCCGUGCAGAGCAGGCACUAAAUAAACGUGUGAAAGCAAAAUGGGGUGGUGGGUUUGCUUUUCAUAGGUAAAAUUUUGCGUGUAUCUGGAGCUAAUGUGUGUGUGUGCGCACGUGCGUGUGUGUGUGUGCACACGUGCGUGUGGGGAGAGCUGUCAUCUUUGAGGAAACCCCUCUCUUGCGGUGCACAUUUGUCAUCCCGAGUCUCAGCAGGUAAGGCUGAGCUGGGCCUCUCCAGAAGCAGUUUUCAAGUCGGGGUGUCCAUCGGUUAGGAUGUCUUGAGCCGGAUGGAGCAGGAACUCCCCAUCCAGCUGGGUUAUAAGCAGAGCAUCGCACGUAAGUGGUCCCACGGCGGGUGGGCUCCCGCUCAGGUCACUUCACGGCUGAGAUGCCCACCCCACUGCCAUCACGACAGACACACGCACUCGGCCAGCGCCACAUGGGAGGGAGCGGGCAUCCCCUCUGUGCCUCAUAACGUUAUUGGCUGGAAAACGCUCCCCAAACUGUGCAAGACCAGCCGUGACGAGGGAGCUUGGGCUGGCCUGGCCCGGGGCUGAGCGGGGACAGCUGGCACCUCCCUGGGGAGGGCAGGGAGUGUGCAGGGUGAGUGGUGGAGUGAGACGUGGCAGUGGGGACAACCGUGUGCAGCGGUGGCUGCAGAAAACCCAUGUCACAGUGCAUCCUGUGGGGAAGUUGGGUGGAGUCCUUGUGUAACAAAGCAGAAAGUACUGUCCUGGAGUGGGGAUGUAAUAAUUUGACAUUGUUUAUUCAUUUUUUGCACUUAUAGUCCUAAUUCCGCUUUAUAAUUAGGUGACUAAACUGCUGCUCUUA